AUGUCGAUGACUGACCAUGUUCUCCGUCGUAGCAAGAGACUUGCAUCGCGUAGAUUUUCUCCAUACACUUCAGGUACUAAUGAUCAGACGGAGAAGCAGAAAGCGGAAGCUGUAGAAUUAGGAGUUGAGCUCUCGCUCUUUCUUGCUGAAGCAAUAACAUAUAUCAAACCCAAAGUUGGUGUUGCUGGAGUCUAUGAUCAACCUGGUGGCAAUUCGAUCCAAUGUCAUGAACUGAUCACUCAGGAUUUUGCUUUUCUCGUCAAAAGUUUGGGUCGCAUUGUUUCCUAUCUCAAAAAUGGUGGCGUAGUGAAAUCUUGUAGUUUUGAAAAAUGGUUUCCGAAGAAGCUAGGUGAGAGUUUGAGGUCUGCCAAGCAUGUUUCAGGGACGGAUGGGUUUCCGAGGGAAACGAUAAAGUCUAAGGCUCUUCCCUUGUGGACGUCUCUCUUUGAAGCAAAACCCAAACGGAUAAACCCUCAGAGUAGCUUGACAAGCUUCCCAAAACUGCAUCCGGAGCCAUCCUCAAUGACCUCCACUGACAUCUCAAUCAUCUCGACAAAUAUGGAAUCAUUGUGGGUAACCUCCUGUGUUCUACACGAUAACGAGUCAGUGAUAUAUUCUCCUUGCGAAUUUGUUUUCUUACUCAGGACCAAAAUUUCCAAGGAGAAGCAGAAAGAGGAGGCUGUACGAGUAGGAGUCGAGUUUUCGCUCUUUGUGGCAGAAGCGAUGUUCAUGUUAUCUGAUGACGUGCGUUCUACGCUUUGGUUCGGUCGUUGGCUAUUGUCGCAUGCAUGCAACCAUACAAGGAAACAAGAUUUGGACGAUCCCGUGAUGGGAAGGCUAUUUUGUGUUUUUGAAUAUGUGUUUGAAACAUAUAUCAAAAACAAGAAUGGAGUCUAUCACGAAACUCACAAACCAAUCCAAUGGAAACGGCUGGUAACAUUUCGCCAGGAUUUUGCUGAUGGAGUCAGAGAACCAAGAGCUGAAGAAGCUAGGGGACAAGUUGAGGUCUGUCAAGGAUGA